AUGCCCGAGUUUACCGACGGCACCCGGCCGCCCGGCCUCCACUUCGGACCGGAAGCCGGUGCCCUCAUUGACGCAGCCGACAAGUUCAAGGCCAUUCUCAAUACCAACGACGCCAAGGACUUUGCAGCCAGCAGAGAGGAGCUUGUCCUCAGCGACCUUAAACUCAUGCAGCAGAAACAGCAACAGACGAGGACAUUGGUGAACCUUAACCGGCUUCACAUGUUUCUCAAUGGCAUGAGAUCCCUUCAGACUGUUUUGACGGAGCUGGGCUUCGAGCAUGUGAAGAGUGUCAUGGCUUGCAUCUGGGGCCCAAUGAGAUACUUAUUCCAGACUACGAACACCAACGAGAAAGCGUUUGACCAUAUACUUGACGUUUAUCAACGUCUAGGCCUCCAGAUUCCUCCUCUGGCCGACUACAUACAGCUAUUCCAGUCCCAGUCUUCCCGAGAGACUAGGUUGUGUCUGGUGCACAUCUACCGAGAUGUUCUCGAAUUCCACACUAUAGCAUACAAGCUCUUUUCCCGAGAUCCCUCAUUAUGGCCCAAACUUCACAGAGCAACCUGGAGAGAUCUCGACUCAACCUUCGACCACCUCUCCAAAACUCUCAAGCUUCAUUGCACCAUCAUCCAGGAGCUCGGCUACCCCUUCCGCGAUGUGUAUGCAAGCCGCACAGAUUCCGGGUUCGGCGCCGAGCCGACCAGCAUGUCCGACGGCGACAUGCGCAAGUUCCACCAGUACCGCUACGACUACGACGAUGCCUGGAGGAAGUUCAGACGGUCAGAAGCCACCCGCAAAGCCGAACAAAAAGACAAGAUUAUAAAAUGGAUCGCGGCACCUAACAAGACGGAGAUGCUCCACCUCCAAUUCGAGGAAAUCCGUAAGCCGUGUCCCGAAAACGGGACGUGGCUGUGGAAGCAGCACGACGCCGUGUCCAAUUGGAUGAAGGAGGACAUACCGGAGUGGUCGGCCAUCUGGCUCCACGGAGCCAGGGGCAUGGGCAAGACGAUACUCUCGUCGCUGGUCGUGGACCAUUUACGCAAACUUGCGGAGAAGGGGCGGGAGGUGCCAAAGACCGCCCAGGUGUGCUACUUUUACUGCCAGGAGGGCGAUCAAGAUCUGGACACCUAUCUCGGUAUUCUCAGGGGGAUCCUGCACCAACUGGUUGACGCCGCCGUCAUACCCAAUCCCGACGAGGAACCCCCCGACGAAGACGCGAGCCGCAUGAACGGCAACCUAGCCAUUCUCCCGCUCUGCGAAGAUAAAAUGACAACCAGCGGCGGCUCGAUCCUCUCCAACUCGGAUGUCGCACAGGCGCUAAUGGACGUGUUCUUCGAGAGUAACUCACGGCAGUACGUCAUCAUAGACGGCUUAGACGAGUGUAAGGCCACCGAGAUCCAGCAGGCCGUGAAGUGGUUCACCGAGGAGGUCAGCGCGCGCGACGGCACCAGCCAGGGCCAGCUGCGCGUGCUGUUCAUGACGCAGACGGCCAAGGAUGUCACCAAGUUCAUGACAAAGUAUGGUAUCGAGGCCGAAUCUGGGGAGGUCAAGCUCGAUCCCAAGGACAACAAGGAGGAUAUCCGGCGGUAUGUGAACAGGAUGCUGAACCCCAAGGAAGGCGAAAGAAGAGGCUUCAACCUGUCCGAGUGGGAGAAGCAAGACAUCGAAGACAAGAUCUCGGCCAGGAGCGACGGUAAAAGUUUUAUCAUCCCCAAGGAGUAUGACGUCCAAACUAACGAGCAGCUAGGUCUAUUCCUGUAUGCGCAUCUCGCCAUGGAGUACCUCCUCGAGCAGGACACCAAGUCGGAUCUCCUCGACAACGUAAAACCAGGAAUGCUUCCACGUGAACUCAAGGAUAUGUACGGAAAGCUCCUGGGCACCCUCAAAGAUAGACUCCUCAAAAAGGGCCCUGCGCAUUGGGCAAAAGCCAAGCUCCUCCUCGGCUGGCUCAUCUGCGCCCACCGGCCCUUGAAAUGGCACGAGAUCCAAGCCAUCUUGUCCUUCGACCCCGAGGCCGAGGUCAUCGACUUCGAUCUCAAGAUGAUUCGCGCAGACAUCACCGACAUUCUGGGAUCUCUGGUCCAGAUCCUACCGGGGGAUAACAUCCGACUCAUACACUCGACAGCCAAAGAAUACCUCGUCCAGACCAAAGACAUUGACGCAAAAGCGGUCCAAUGCGACCUCGCCAUCCUCUGCCUGCGCUACCUCUCCCUCCGCUGCUUCGUCGCCGACGACUACAGCGAAGCGGAGCGCCGAAAGGACAUCCUGGAGGGCUACUUCUCGUUCCAGGACUACGCAAUGUCCCAAUGGUACAAGCACAUCAUAACACUAAUCCAAGGUUGCCGCGACGUCUUCCCGGACGCCAACAACACCGCCGCCGCCGCCUCCGCCCACUUCCACGCGCCAUACCAUCAUACGACCACCACCACAGACCACACCGCGGCGCUGACUCUGGCCCUCGCCAAGUUCAUCUCGGCCCACGACGCCGACAUCAAACCGCUCCCCGAAGCAACCGCCGCCGCCGCCGCCGCCGACGUCCCGCGCGCCGACAUCGACAAGUUCCAAACCCUCCCCUUCUACCCGCUUCUCCUCCGCCUCUGGGGCCACAUCUGCCAGCACCAGGACGCGUCCUCGGAGGAGCGCAACAAGGUAGGCAUCCCCCGCCUCGACGCCGCCCUGAAAGCCCACCGCGCCCUCAUCGAGAGGGACUACCACAAGCCCUCGCGGCGGACGACGAACGAGGACACGAUGCAGGACUACUACGGCCCCAACAUGUUCAAGUGCUCGCGGACGCUCUGCAAGUUCUUCCACCACGGCUUCGACAACAAAAAGGACCGCGACGGCCACCAGAACCGCCACGACAGGCCGUACCCGUGCCCGCUCGAGGAGAGGUGCGGCUUCGCGCCCGUCGGCUUCUCCUCCAACAAGGACCGCCAGCGGCACGUGCGCAACUACCACCCGGAGCACAGCGACGCGCCCUCGGCGUUCCUGCAGAUGAGCAGGCGCGUCGAGUCGGCCAAGUUCCAGUGCAACAUUUGCCAAAAGAGCUUCACGCGCAACAUCAACCUCAAGGGCCACGAGAGGAGCCACUUUGGCGAGAGGCCCUACGCGUGCUCCCACUGCGGAAAGGCCUUCGCGAGGUUGAACGACUGCAGGAGGCACGAGAGGAUUCAUACGCGGAACCGCGCAUGA